ACCCCGCCCAUCCUCCCCACCGUAAUGGCGGCGCGCGUGUUCGGCGUGGCCGCUUCGCGCCUGCUGCUGCUGCCGCCUCUGCGAGGAGGCGCCCGGGUCCCCGCGCUCCUCCCGCAGGCGGCCUCCCGCCUCGCCAACGCGCCCAGCUCGCUCGCGGCGGGCGCCGUGCAGACGCGGGGGCUCCGACAAGUUACUGAACACAAGGAAGGAAACACAACAACGUUGGAAGGGAAAAUUGUGGAACAGCAAGCAGGCAACGAGCCGCCCAAUCCUGCAGGCAGCUGCCCCAUCUGCCGUUGGAACGUCAAGCACAAGUAUGAUUACACGGAUGUGCUGCUCCUGAGUCAGUUCUUGCGUUCCGAUGGAGGAAUGCUGCCACGCCGCGUCACUGGCCUGUGCCUGGAGGAGCACCGCAAGGUGGCCGUCUGCGUUAAAAUGGCGCACAGGGCCGGUCUCCUGCCAGAUCACAGGCCAAGGCUUCCACCGGACCAUGUUCCCAAGCCAAAACUGAUCCUCAAUACCUACCUGACUCGCUGGGCCGUGGGCACAGCCAAGCCCAUAUGGAAAAGGGGGCACAAGGGAUUCAAAAAGACCAUGCCUGUGGGCGACCCCAUUCUCAAGGACAACGUGCGUUAUACGAAGGGCCCAUUGUACAUGGAACACUAGCAAUUGCUACACCAUAUGCACUGCGUGUUGAAAUUAGUGGGGGGCAUCUUGAUCAGAAAAAAACAUUGUAUAGACUGACAUGACGAAGUUUCACAUUUAAAUGUAAUAAAAAAACACAUUUGUAA